GGGAUGCUGGAGGGAAAUCUCACCGAGGUGACAGAGUUUGUCCUCCGAGGCUUCACUGACAGCCCUCAGCUACAAGCCUUCCUCUUCACCCUGCUGCUCCUCAUUUACACCGCCAGCCUGGUGGGGAAUCUCACCAUCAUCACGUUAACCCGAGUCGACUCUCGCCUGCAGACCCCCAUGUACUUUUUCCUCUGCAACCUGGCCCUCAUUGACAUCACCUACUCCUCUGCAAUCGCUCCCAAGACGCUGACGAAUCUGUUAGCAAAGAAGAAGGUAAUUUCAUUUCCGGGCUGCGCUGCACAGUUUUUUCUUCACUCUUUUUCCAUCAAUGCUGAAGUCGUGCUCCUAGCCGUGAUGGCGUACGACCGGUUCGUGUCUGUCUGCAACCCACUGCGCUACGCGCUGCUCGUGUCCAGACAGCAGUGCUGCCGGCUGGUCUGUGUCUCGUACCUGUGUGGAUGCAUCAAUUCAGUCGCCCACACAGCUUCCCUGUUCAGCCUGUCGUUCUGCAGGUCCCGUGUCAUCGAUCACUUCUUCUGCGACAUCCCGGCGCUGCAGCAGCUCUCCUGCUCCGACUCGCGCUUUGCUCUCGGGCUGCACGUGGCCUUGGCUGCAGCUGCAGGCUCAGGCACCGUCAGUGCCGUCCUCAUCUCUUACCUGUGCAUCAUCUUUGCUGUCCUGCAGAUUCGCGCUGCCCAAGACAGGUGGAAAGCUUUUUCCACCUGUGCCUCCCACCUGUCUGCUGUCACCCUGUUUUAUGGCACCCUCUUCUUCAUCUACUUGAGACCCAGCAGCUCUGCUGAUCAGUGCAAAGCGGCGGCUGUGUUUUACACGCUGGUGAUCCCUGCGGUGAACCCCCUGAUUUACAGCCUGAGGAACAGGGAGGUGAAGGAUGCCCUGAUGAGGGUGAUACUGAAAGCAUUUGUUAAUAGGUAA